CACCAUGGUCUAAAGAGACCGCCAUCUUGACUUGCACUCUGAGUGGAGAAGAAGAAACUCGCGCGCUUCACCGGAACUUAAUUUCACGAAUUAACCAUUUUCCGCCGUUGUCCCGUGUUCCGUGGUUGUUCUCCUUACUCCUGAGAAACCAUGGCAAGUACGGGUGGCGGUAAGAUGCGCCAAAAACGGUCGCAUGGGGCCAGUAAACCGUACCAACGUACCCAACCAAAGUCGUUCCUAGAUCGAGUUAAGGAUCUUGUUACGCCGUCAUGGCUGUCCAGUAUGUGGAGCAGUGAUGCUCAACAUGAAACCCACACUCAACCUUUCAGCACCAAGGCAUCAACCUCCUCGUCAAACUCACUCCCUCCCAGACAGUCCAUCCGAGAUGGCCAGUACUGUAAUCCGACAGAAACUGAAUCGGAACCGGGCCCGUCUACUAAACUUACUGAAGCAGAAAAAGUAUCAGAGCGAGGAGAUGAGCAGCUUAACACGCCCGUUCUGCCAUCCUUUGGAGGGCUGUCAGUGCCCGUGAGUACAUCAACGCCAAUUGACGUUGAUGAGGAAAUCAUUGAAAUUGAUUCAGGAGAGGGCACUUCAACCCAGAAAGUGGAGGAUACGUCUGAGAUCUCAGCUCCACCAAGUGUCGUUUCAUCUCUCUAUCCCAACCUUGAUAAGUUGGAACACCAGCAGAAACUGUCCGAGUCUAACCUUGAACUUCUCUCAGAAAUGGGACAUAGACAUUCCCCAAUGCCAUCAUCUGGUCUCUGGUCUCACACACCAUCCAGCCGGUCAGCAACCACCCAAGUUAGGCCAGCGUCUCCCUUCAACCGACCUCAACAACCUGCCAUUAGUACACGCAGGCCAGUGUUCAAUGCUAGUUACUUCGGCACACCUAGAGGCAGCUUGAGAACGUCGUCAUCGAUGGAGUCAGCUAGCUCAUCUCCCUUCUACCCAGGGAAGACAACCUAUGGUGGAGCGGCAGCUCAAAGAUCGGCCACUCUGAAAAGGACAAGAACGUCGCCUUACGAGGUUCACCUGCCCAUCAAGCGAUCUGUUCGGCCCAGGAUGGCCAGGCCAGCAGCUGAGAGUGACAUGGGAAUAACAAGCAAUACUGCCAAGAGGAUUCUAGACACGCUGGAGAAGAUGUCUACUCCCUUGUCAGAUGCUAAGAGGAUACCAUUAUCACCAUCAGCAUCCCCGCUAGCGAUUUGGCCAAGUAGGACGACCAAACUAAGAGCACCAACCUCCCCUCAUCGAACCCCCAGGGCUGAGCACCAGGGGUGUAAGGAUACCUGUUCCACCUGUGUCUGGGUUGAAUAUACCCCACAGCGUGAGUAUAGCACGCAACAGACAGCCCCUCCUCCCUACCCCUAUAGCAAUAGCACUGCCGAGGAUGAAUCCCAAGACGUGGAGAAGGACGCAGCAACCAGCAGGUCAAGCAGUGCGCCUGCACCAGCGAUGACUAUUGGUAAAUUCUCCUUCAGGCAUGAUGUCCCAGCCGUGUCCACCCAAGCCCCACCACCCAUCUCCAGAUUGGACACCACUCCAGUCCAACCUUUAACAAACAACAGGUCUAGUAGUGGUGGGAAGAUGAAAGUGAAAUGGAAGAAUGGUCAGAAAACCAACCCCAAAGAGCAAGCUGAAGAUACAGUUGAGGUUGUUGAUCUGCCUAACGUUCCCCUUCCCCUGAAAACCAUGCCCUCGUUCAGCUUUGGCCAGACCCUCCAGCCGCCUAAAUCAACAGCGCCCUCAGCGUCCAUCUCGGCGAUGUCGAGCUCCGGUCACGGUUUCAGGUUCACCACCUCCACGCCUGCCAUCGGUGUGAGUGCACCAGCAGCCAAAAAGGACGAAGGGAGUCACGAGUUCACUUUUGCGUCGCCCAUCCUGAAGCAGACAUCAACGAUAUCAGCGCCUGAAUUUGAGACUACUGAGGCUUUUACGUUCAGCCUUCCCAAGCAACCAGAGGAUUCUCCAAGCAUGGCCUCAUCCAAGCCAUUGAACUUUGUAAACCCGUCUUCCAGCACCAGCAAGAGCAGCCUUCCUUCAGCGGCAGCCCCCUCCUUCAGGAUCACCAAAGUCCAGUCUCCAGGCAAGGACAACGAGGACGAGAGUGAAGAAUCAGAGUAUGGGAUCAAGCCUGCCAAGACUCUCAAAACAGGAAGCUGCUUAGAAGUCUUGGGAAUCAUUGCACCUGCAGAAACAGCAAUGACAACAUCACAAAUAACAGUGGCUCCUGCCAACGACCCAUUUGCAAAGUUGAAACCACCUGCUGGUGCAUGGAAUUGCGACACUUGCCUCGUCCAGAACAAGGCUAACGACAGCACCUGCCUUGCCUGCCAGACUCCUAAACCUGCAUCAGAACCCCAGAGCAACGCCACCUCAACGACUUCAGACAGUGCCCCAGUUUCAUCCAAUGACUUACUAGCCAAGGUCAAACCUUGCUUACUUCAGAAUAAAAAAGAAGCUGACAAAUGCGUAGCGUGUGAGACCCCCAAACCUGCAGAAAUGCAAAAAACUGCCUCACCACCACUUAGCAAUUCCCUGCUGGACAGGUUCAGACCAACCCCUGGAAGCUGGGAAUGCAACACCUGUCUAAUAAAAAACAAAUCUGAUGCAGACAAGUGUAUCUCCUGUACGACGCCCAAACCAGGUGCUUGUGGUUUGAACCCACCUGCCUCUAGUAAUGCAUUAACAAACUCAUCCGCCAAGGGUGGCUUGGGGACUAAAUUGAACCCCUCUGAUGUCAAUGGCACCAACUCUUCUGUCUCAACCAAAACGGACAAUGUCAUGGACAAGUUUAAAUCACCGUCUGUUUCAUGGACUUGUGACACCUGUUUGAUACAGAAUAAAGAGUCAGCUGACAGGUGUAUAGCAUGCGAAACGCCAAAGCCAGGAAGUCAACCAACGCUCAAAACACCGCCGGUUUCAGCAUUCAAAUUUGGAAGCCAAUCAGUUUCAGGGUCCAGCAGCACAGCAGGUAGUUUCAAGUUUGGCGGUACCAACACAGAUAGUACCUUCAAGUUCUCCUCGGGCAAGCUGAAUGUGCCGUCUGAUGGGCUUACCUUUGGAGCACCGAAGACAUCAACUAGCGGGAUUCAGUUUGGAUUGUCUAAAGACAACACCUCCUCUGGCUUCAAGUUUGGUUCAAGUUCAGACUCGCAGACCAAGACUAACUCCUCGACGGCAGCUGACGGCAUAACGUUUAGCUCAGACAAAGCCAACAAAUCAGAUAGUGGAUUGAAGUUGGGGGCGCAGGCAGUCUCGGCUGGUGAGUCCACUCAAGAUACGCCAACAGUCAGUUCCAGUUUCCAAUUUGGCUCUGCAUCAACAAAGUCAGACUCUGUCCCUCCAAAUGUGGACCCAUUUAAAACAGCCUCAUCAAGCAAAACAAGCUUUGGUUCAGGUUUAGGUGCAAAUACUGUAACGACAGAUACUCAAGAAACGGACUCAAUAGCCAAACAGAAACAAGGGUUCACGUUUGGCUCAAGCAAGGGUGAUACCCCCAAAGUGAAUUUUGGCAGCUCAGUCACAGAUCAGAACCAGACCGGUGCCAAAUUUUCUUUUGGGGCCAAGGCACCAACAGACGAUGCCACCAAACCAACCACAUUUCAAUUCACUGCUAGCACCAAUUCUCCAGCUUCAACCUCCCAGGACUCUGUUGAGAAACCAACCCUAAAAUUUGGUGCCUCGUCAUCAGUCGUUGAAGACGCACCCAAGCUGGUCAGCGUAAGUUCUGGAUUCAGUUUUGGAGGGGCCGCAGUGAAUGCCACAGACUCGACGCAGCAACUGUCUCACCAGAACAGUGUGGCUCCAACCUUCCAAUUUGGCAAGCCCAACUCAGGAAGUGAUGAAGCAGGCACUGGCCAUCCACCCCUCAAAAAAGGAGUGACUUUUGCCUCUCCCGUUGAGCAGCAAUCAGCAACAGAGGUUAAGAGUGCCUUCGCUUUUGGCGGAACGCCCAGUGAGCCAUCAACAUCGCAGCCUACUCCUUUUGUCUUUGGAACAACUGACAAAGGUGACACUGCUUCCAAGCCAAAUGGUGGUAUCACGUUUGGAACACCAACACAAACAACAGCACCAACACAGUCUGUUGAGCCCUUCACAUUUGGAGCAGGAACCAAUAACAGCAAAUCAGCAAGCUUCAACUUUUCAGCAUCCUCCAAUCAAAAUGCUGCCCCAGCAUCAGAUGGUUUCAAGUUUGGCUCCACGUCAACGUCAGUAGCAUCGACCCCUACUCAGCAGAACCCACCAGCAUUCGGAGGCUUUAGUAGCUCAGCCUCUUCCUCCAACACCACCUUUGGCUCCGCCUUCGGGAGCCAACCAGCUACUAAUUCCACCUCAAAUCCCUUUGGUGGCCAGCAAUCAUCCCAGGCUUCAGUCCCAGCGUUUGGUGCCCCAAGUGGGACCAGCGUGUUCGGCAGCUCAGCCACGCCUGCAUUUGGUGCCACUGCGUCGGCGGGCAGCUCCGGAUCAUCCACGCCAACGUUUGGUGCAGGUGGAGCUGGUACUGCCCCGGGGUUUGGCAGCGCUACUCCCAGCUUUGGUUCUGGCACAGUAAAUACCACAAUGGGGUUCCAACCAGAGGCUGCGCCAUCCUUCAACUUUGGUGGCAGCAACCCUUCAUCAGGGACCACGCCAGGGGUGUUCACCUUCGGAGCCAGCAACAACCAGAAUGCUGUCCCUACUGUUGCUGCUCCACAAGCAGCAACAACUGGAGGAUAUAACUUUGGGCAAUCAGCCUCGGGAUUUGGCAUGCAAGGUGGCGCCCAAAAUGCCGCAGGUGCUCCAGCAUCUGGGGUUUUCCAGUUUGGAUCUAACCAGUCACAGCCCCAAGCACCUGGUGCUUCGUUCACAUUUGGCGCAGCAGCGGGUACUGGACAGCGCAAGUUCCGGAAAGCUGUCCGCAGGACAAGGAAAACAUAACAGCCCUGUCAACUGGCUCUAAAGCCUCCAAAGCACCACCUCUUGGGUAACAUUUCAUCUUCUUACUCGUCUUGAUGGAGUCUGCGUAGUUAGUGAUUUUAGGAUUAAUUUGGUCUCACUGACCAGCUCUUGAAUAGUAGCUGACAGACUGGUGACAACGCUUUGCCUAAAUAAAUUAUCCCUGAAUUCUCAAGCGUGCCACUGUUUCAGUUUUAGCCAUCCAUACAGCAUCUUUUGUUGACUUCAUAAGCUACCUCCCUCAAUUCCCCCCCCCUGGUUUGGGUGGUAAUAUAUUUCUUUUGAUAAUCUUCAUCUAGCAAGCUCAUUCCUCAUUGAUGUUGAAGAUGUGCAGUUAGAAAUGCUGUUGGAAAGCAGAUGCGCUAAUUCAUUGGGCAAAGUGGCAUUUAGGAGGAAGUUUUUAUUGAUCUUGUGCAAUGUUGAAUCCCCUUCUUGGAGCUGAAGUUCAGCAUGUGUUCUCCCAGGUUUAGAAGAAGAACAUAAAUGCUGUAAAACAGAAACUGAGAGAAUUUGGGCGGCAAACGCAGGAAACAACACUAAGCCUUGCUGGUUGUGCUCAGAUAACUUUGAACGAUGGAAAUUGAAUACACUGCUGUCACUUUCAGUGUCAUCAAUAGAGCACACAAUCCUGUCCGAUGAGAGCUCAUCUGAAGUGAUUCUUGUCCCAUCUUUCCAAGUGUACAACAGCACCACCUGUCCAAAGCUGGAUAUAUAGAGAGAGUAGCAUCAACGUCAGACUUUGGAACCAAAAUGGCCGUUCAUUAUAUGUGCAGUGCAGCAUGCAGCUGUUGUGUGCUAAAUGUUCACUGUACACUGAUGCAUCAUCCGCCAUUUUGGGUCCAACAAUUGAGACACUCAUGUUGCAGCUCUCUAUAACACAGCUCUAGACCUGUCUUCAAAUCCUAACUGAAAGAAGGUCGAGUCCACCAAUUAUUUUGGCUCACAUUUCCCUUAAAAACUGAGAAUGUUCAUCAUUUCUCAAGAGCUUGUGGACUUGCUAUAUUUCUUCUGGGGGAAUAGAUUACUUUGAAAUCCAGUUUAGCUGUAUCUCCCGCAAAUAUCUGCUGAUUGAGCUGAGUUCGCCAGUGACAGGGAGUGGACUUUCAAUCUUGAAGGCAGUAAAGCCAAGUGUGAUACAAAUUGAUUGAGAACUCCAUUAUUGCUCUCUCAUUGUUGGAUUUUACUGCCAGGGGACUAUUUAUUCCAGAAGUCUCCAACGAGGGAAAAAGUUUUACAUGAAGCUGUCUGACUUCUUUUCUGGGAUCGUCAGUUUGAAGAAUGUUCAUUUGUCUAUUUUGAAUGGCCAGUCAUCACAUUUGAAUUGUCCAGUGUUGAUGUAUUUCUGUGCAUGUUGUUUGAUUUUUUACCUGGAUUCAAACUCCAAAUUUUAGUUUUACUCUUUGUUUGUGGGUGAAAAAGUUUGUAAAUAGUGCAUAUUGUAAAGUCAGGUGGUUGUUUAUAUAUUAUUUGUUUUGUUGAUUUUUGGUCUUUUGUGCUAUGAACUCACUUCCAGCCAUAACUGGGGGCGGGUUGAAAAUCUUGCUGAGGUUACAAAAAGAAUAGGUCCGUGUAAAAAUGUGCCAAGAAGGGUUGAAUGUCUUUCCCACAAAAAUGGUUGAUGUGCUCUCCAAAAAUAUCUUGGCACUCGGUUUGUAUGAUUUAGGAUUGAGUCAGGAUCUGGCUGUAACCUAAGUGAUUUUUCAGCCGUGGUUGGAAACCAGAAAUGGCAUUCAGGUUCAUUUUUUUUCCCAUACCCUAAGAUGACAAACAUGUUACUUUCACGUUUUUUUCUGAUCUUCACUUAAGACAAGAAAAUUAUGGUCAUGCGUCUGUUGAUAUGUUUUCCGUCUUAAAACUGUCGUCAAUAUUUUUAAACUUGGAAGAAACCAUAUUGAAAAUGCGGUUUCUUCAGAAUCUUCAGAAAUUUAACUGCAUGAAAUCGCCUGGAUGGGUUUUCUAUACAUGCAGCGCUGUACUGCACCUGUAGAAGCCCUACCUUAUAAUGUAUGUUUGUCGUGUUCUGUAAUUGGCUUUCCAAGUACAUCUUUUGAUGAGCUUCUCAUUUAUCUGUGCCAGACGUGUACUUGAUUGUCUUGAAAAUGUAUAAGCAUCAUGAAUUUGAAAAAAAAAUGAAGACCUAAAAAUUUGAUGAAUCAUAAGAAAAUGUUCAGCAUAAAGCAACGCAUCGUACAUGUGUUGUGCCAAGACAAAAUUAAGGCUUGAACGCCAAUUAAAACCAUCAUCCUCAGUAAGUUUAGUAGACUUUUUUACUCUUUCUGAAAAGAAGAAACUAUAGAUGCCUCUUAGUUAUGUUUUAAUCAAUGCUCUUUGUUCAGGAAUUGAUCAGGAAUUGAAUUUGGAGUAAAUCUAAUUGGUAAUGUGCUUCCUAUCAGAUAACAUGACUACCAUUGAUCAAUAGCUGUGUACAUGUAGAGAGUGUAGGGCCAACUUCAGACUUUGGCACCAAAAUGGCUGGUCACUGUCAGUGCAGUACAGCGUGCAGCUGUUAUGUGCUAAUGAGCCAGUGUAGCAUUUCAACAGCGCGUGCCCACUAUGAGGGUAUUCAGGAACGGCUACGCACAUGUGCGAUCGUCUGUCCUAUCAGUGCAGCCAUUCCUGAAAGACCUUGGCUUUUGGAAUUCCAGACUAACUCACUGUCCAUGUGCACUGAAGCAUAAUCCACCAUUUUGGUUCCAACAAAUAAGAAUUUGAGACACCUGUGUCACAACUCUGUCUGUAAACAGCUGUGACUUGAACAGUUUUUCUUUAUUCCUUUCACUUCACUGCCAUUAGAUAGGUCCCCGUGUUGUCAAAUAAGCAUUUCAGAAUUGCUUAGAUUGGAUGAUGCCAAACAAAAAAAUUAAGCAAGACCCGAACUAUUAUGCAAAUUUUUAAGGACAGUGUUGAUGACAAAAAUAAAAGUAAUAACAGAGAUUUUAUGUUUCGUCAUUAGAAACGGUAGAAAUUAGUGGAGGACAAUUUUAUACUUUGUAUACAGGGUCUAUGACAACGGGAUACUUUAUGCCAAAUCAUAUACUUUAACUUCCUGUAUGUAUGCUUGCUACACAUUCUCUCUUCAGUGACAUAAUAACAUUACCUUUGAACAUAGUCAACCUCAAACUGUGUUUAUAAUCAAUUUUUUGACACACUGUAGCCUGAAACGAAGCUGUGGAAAAAAAUCAUUGUUUCAGCCUGAGCUGAUAUUUUAUAUUUAAAAGGCUCGUUUACUCUGUCAGUUUCUUUUGGAUAAUAUAAUACAUCUUGAAGUAACCAAUACAGCACUGUUUAUUUCCUGUGAUCUUUUUCUCUGCUUUGCAAACUCGGUGACAAGCAGCGGAGGCAUUGUGUAUUUUUGGCAUAUAAACCUCCAAACAAACUGUAUUCCUCAGUCCAAAAUCUGUUCUCUUGAUCUCAGUUUUAGCAUUUACAGAAACUGAGGGAAGACUAACUUAUUUGGUUAUUUAUUGGUACUGUAACUAAGUCCAAGAACACUAGCGUCAUCUCUCCCUCAGAAAACUUUGCAUCUAAUUACAAUGGCAAAAUUGGAAUUUUUUUAUCAGUUGCAUGAAAUCUGGGAAGAAAAAAGCAUCAGAUUUGGUCAGAUUUUCAAAUUCUUCUGAACCUCCUCUCAAGGUUAGCCAUUUUGUAAAUUGAAUGGAGAGAAGCCAUUCUGAAUGUAAUUUCAUAGGUAUCCCAUCAUGCUCCACACUACCCAUGAUGCCUCAUUGUUCCCAAGAUGCCUCAUUACAAGACAGAGAGGCAUGUGACUUCAUUCUGACGGUGUAUUAUUUCUCAUGGUUGAUCGUUCAGGAUAUGCCGUGUUUCAAAACUUAAAUUGUAUUGUAUGAUGCAUUGCGUAUUCCAUGAUGCAUUAUGUAUCCCACAAUGCACCAUGUAUCUAUCCCAUCAUGCACCACUCACUCGAGGCAUCCUCAUAUUACUUACAAUUGUUUCAUUACAUACCGUCACAAUGCAUAUUUCCAUAAGCGUCUUUUUUCCUCUCAUAAUCAGAAUUCACAGAUUGUUGCAUUUUAUCUGUUUAAUGUAAACAAAGUUGGUCAGAUACGAGGCAUGUUACGAAUGAUAUCGCCUUAUAUUUUGUCCUAUGUUGUGGUUUUGUUACUUGUACAAAAACUGUAAAUAUUGAGCCGUGGCCAGAACCAUUUUUGUAAAGGGACAAUUUUUUAUUCACGGUGCAAUGUGUGUAAUUUAUUUUCCCAAUUUCAACUUUAGUAAGACUAAUAUUUUGUACUUAGGUAGGAAUGAACCUCUGAUACACUUAGUGUAUUUCAUUUUUUCCUCUUCUUGCACCAAUCCUGUCUUUAAAAAAAGCUAAGAUUUAUUUUCACAACAAAUGAUGAAUUCAACCCUUGUACAGGAAUGGUCUGGCCCGGUUCUUGUGGCAAAAAGUACACAAUAAUAAUUAUGAUAUUAAAAAAUAAACACUUUUAUGAGUUUGUUAUGAAUUGCGUACCAUGUCAGAAAUAAACGCCUUUUAUCCAAAGUGUGUAUUUAUAUCCAAAAAAACCUCUGACAAUAUUGUCUUUUAAAAAUGUCAUUUGACAACAGAUGAGAGCUGUUUGUGAUUCUAUAGGGAAUAUCUGGUGUGAAAUGUGUGAAUGUGCGUAAAUUUUAGGAUAUUGUGAGUAUGAGAGUUUAAAACAUGUUUGAAUUUCCAGCUAUGUAAAAAAAAAUGAAAGGGCAUUUAUUUCUGAUGUGGUUCCCUUGCAGAAUUAUUGUUGUAUAUAGUUUUUAUGGAGCUUGUUAAUUGACGGAGAACCCAUUGGAAGCAUUGACAAUGUGGAAAAAUAAAUAAAAGAAGACAGAUUGUAGCCACCGAAUGGACACAAGU